AGCUCCUGGCAGGGAAUAAAAGCACGGAAGAGAAAGGGGGCCGCCUUGCCGGCUCUGCACCCUCUCCGCCGCCAGCACCAGCCAUGAACCCGCACCUCCGCCUCCUCCUCCUUCUGGCCGCCGCCGCUCUCUGCCAGGGUGCCCCGCUGGCAGGGGAGCUGCGCUGCCGCUGCGUGCAGACCGUGUCCGAGGUGAUCCCGCCGCGGCGCCUGGCCCGCCUGGAGUUCCUCGCCGAGGGGCCGCACUGCGCUGUGCCCGAGGUCAUAGCCACGACGAAGCAGGGACAGAUGGUCUGCCUGAACCCCAUCGCACCCUGGGUCAAACUCCUGAUCACCAGGAUCCUCCGCAGUUCACCCAACAAGCUCUGAGAGAAGGAACAUCUCAGAAUGAAGUUACCUGUUUGCCACAGGAUACCAGAAACAGAUGCUGUAAGAACACAAUAGCUCAGUUUUCUAGUUUUGAUGAGUUUAUAGAUCAGAUGUUCUAUGUUUCAUUCCCUCUCCUCAUACUUGUUAUUGCCUAAUCCUAUGUAUGGUUUUAUUGACUGAGAUAAAGUGACUGAAUCCAUUUGUUAAGGCAGUGGAAGCUUUGCUGGACACCUCUCAGCAGCAUUCUCACAGUUUUCUCCACCUUUGUGCAAGCUCCUUCUUGCCAAAUGCUAUUUGCCAGUACAUUCUUAAAAAACAGCAUUGAUAUCUGAAAAGAAGAUGGGCCCAUCAUGAAGACGAUUUUGCAAAUGUCUGCAGAGUGUGACAGGAGAGGUUUGAAUGGAUCCUGCCGAUGAUUGUGGGUAAUCCUUCUGUCAGGAAUAACAAGAGUGCUAUCUGGCACUUAACAUUUCAGUGCCUGUUCAGGAUUACAUAGGAAUAAAACCAGGUUCAAGCAAGAAUGUUUUGCUGAAUCUCUUUUUCCUACUCCAACUUACCAGCCUUUAAUGCAGAAUGCCUUGGACCUUUUUUCACAAGAUACUGUCUAAUGGAAUCACGAAUUUUGCUCCUGAAGUCUUUUGCCCCUAUUCAAUACUUAGAAGAGUUUAAUAAUUUCUGUGAAAUUGUGGGGGGUUGUGCCAUGACUGGUUUGUUUUUAACCAGUUAAUGUAGAGGUUGUUUAGUUGAUUUGUUUUUAAAUGAGUUUACAUUAAAGCAUUUGGUAUUUAUGCACAGGAUCUAAAAGAACAGUAAAUGUUCUGAAGACACCUAGAUAUUUUAUGUCUACUUGUAUGACAUACUGUCAUAACUCAUAAAGAAUAACUAAUUUUCAUUAUUUUGCUUUGGAAAAUUGUAUAUCAAGAGGGAUUUCUCAUGAUAAUGUAAUGAAAUAUACGAUGCAAUAAACAUGUUUCC